AUGUCUAAGAAAUCAAGAGUGGUAAAGACGUAUGGAAGGCAUAAACAUCGGACUGUGAAGGCUCAAAUUUGGCUGUCCCCUGACGAAAAUGUUCAUUCCCCGUUUGGAAACGGUUUCCCCUCCAAAAUCGAAGCAAGCUCAUCGAAAAAUGUUUUCAAGCCGAAGUCGUCAAAAUGGUGAGACACAUCUCUGUUAUUCCUGGUUAAAACAGCCUCGUUUUACCGAGGUGAGAUGAGAACCUUAAUCGGAGCAAAUCGAUGAAUGACAUUCUCUGAACUCUAUCGUCCAAUGGUUUUUUGUCAGGUGGAAUUUUGCGACAAAACCACAUUUCCGAGCUAAAUUGCGAUCCCCCUGUUUACAAAAAUUCACUGGAAAAAUGGAAACAAAUGACAAGAAGUGUUUUAUUACUUGUAGGCAAUCUAAUGGUUGAGUGUUUUAUUUUGUCAGGUCCAAGCACUCAAACAAAGUUACAACCUCACGAGCUUCAUCUGCUUACGAAAGCUGUGCGAUUCCAAUCGUUGAGAAACAAGAACUUAUAAUAAUCGAUGACAAAGAAAACAGCCAUACUUCGAAUUCGUCAGCUGAUGACCAAAAGGAGAGGAAGUUCAAAAGGAAAAGGCAAACACUAUUCAGUAAUUGUACGCCGCUAUCAACACAAAGAGGUUCAAAUGUUGAUUCAACUUGUCUGUCGGAAAGUGAAAAGUCGGUAGUCAAAAUACCUGAGGUUGUUUUGGUGAAUGAUAGUUUAGAAAUUAGAGAGAAAAGCACCCGCCAUAUUCACGAUGUCAUUUGUGUUGAAGACAGUGUAGAAGAUGUUGUUUUUCAAUCUGGUUGCAAUAACCCAACAAAUUUAAGUAUAAAUACGUCAAAUGGAAAGCCAAAUUUGAGUGGAAAUGCUUCUGUAUUCAGCGAUUGUUCUUCAAUAUCAAGAGAUGGAGAAAAUCGCGAUUUAGGAAAUAAAGACUGCAUCCAACUUAACAAAAACAACAACGCAGUUUUUCAAUUUGACAGCUGCCACUCAACCUAUGCCACUUCAACUCCAGUAUUUAAUGGUGACAAUUAUUUAGCAAUUGGAGGAGUAGGCCAAUCAGAUUCCCAAAACUCUUAUUCAAUAGAUGGUAAGGUUAUUUUGGAACCAAUUAGAAUCACACCAAUUCAGUGGGAGAAAUCAUUGUUAUUGUUAUCUUCAACUGAAAAACCUAGCAACGAGAAAACUAGCCAGUUGUCAUCUGAUGAGCACAAAAAUUCAGUAGCACUUAAAACUUUGAGCUUAACCAGCAGUGACAGGACAUCCAAAGAGAUGAAAGAGUGUGUGGUUUCCUUGGAGAAGUUGAGGAUAACACCCUUAAAAAAGAAGGGUAAAUAUCUCACAGCAACAUUAUCUGGUGAUGGAAGCCUUCCAUUCAUUAACAGAGGGAAGUCCCAGCUCUCAUUUGCUGUAAGUGCACUCCUAACUGUUGAAGAAAUGAUGAUGAUGAUGAUGAGCAGAAUAAUAAUUUGCUAUAUGAUAAGCUGAAUGAUACACACAUUUUGAUUGGUUUUAAGUUAUGAUCUUUUAGAGGACUGACACAUGGAUGAUGUCAUCAUGUAAAUCAGAUACAUCCAAUAAUGCAUUGCCAUGUAUCCAAAAAGUAAUAGAUUGCAGAAGAAGUCAGAAUGUUGUAAGAACAUCAGUGUCUCAAUUGGCUGCACCUCAUUUGCCACUUUUUUCUUCUUGCCACAUUUUGACAACAUCAGUGAUCUGUUAUUCAACAGAUGCACAUCAACAUGGAAUCUAUUUGCUAAAUGCAUAAUCAAUUUUAUGUUUUGCAUGCUACAUACAGUAUAUUGGAGUACACAAGUUUCUUCUAUGUAAUUAGCUCAUUUUAAAAUGAUGCUUAUGAUUUUAAUUUCUUACAUUUUGAAGGAAGCUUUAACUCCAGUCAAGAAAAACCUUACCAAAACAAACUUUGGAAAGGAAUCUGAAGAAGUGAAAGAACUCACUAAUUUUGAGAAGGUCCUGAUGGAGUGCAAUCAAGAGAGACCAUUGAAAUUUUCAGAAAUCUUAGACAAGAGGUAAGCAUUGGUGCUACCUUGAUAUCACAGAAACAAUUUGCAUUCUUCAUUCAAAAAGAAAAGUAUGAAAUCCAGAAAAGAGAAAUGACAUUUACAUCUUAGGAAUUGAAGAACUAAGUUACAGAACCAAUGAAAUUAAAUUACACUGCUGUACUUGACAUGGCUGUUACAACAUGUAAUUUUCCUUCUUUACAGUUUACUGGAGAGUUGUGUUAAAAUUGGAGAGGGAGUUUAUGGAGAAGUAUUUAAAUCUCAGUAUAAAAAUGGACAAUCAAUUGCACUGAAGGUGAAUAAUACUGAUUUUUGUCUAUUAUAAUGAAAUCCACACUUCUGGCCACAGGCAAUAAAUUGUGUCAUAAACAGGGGUGUAGUUUAGUUUUUUGUUCUCUUUUUGUUUGUGUCUGGCUGUGAUUUGGCUAUUCAGCAUUAUUCCUGAACAUUAUUUUUAAAAGUAAUUUCAAUUUCAAAAUUGUCCAAUCCAAUUGGUUUACUCAGCAGGCAAUUAACAAUGAUGGACCAAAAAAUUCAUUUGAAUUGAUGCAAUGGAACAAUGUUCCAGAAAUUGAUUACCAAUUUUUGGCAUGUGUCUUAUGGGCAAUAAGCAGUGAGAGUCAGUUAGUAUGUUAGUAAGCUUUGUGUAACUCUGGUAUAAGUAGACAAGCAUCACAUACCAAAAACGUGAACUUUCUUUCUUUCUUUUUAUCUUCCACUUGUGUAUGCAGUAAUUUCUCUUAUACAAAUAAUUAUGUUUUAAGUGUUUGGCUCUGGAGGUUUAAAGUGCAUGGUUUUUUUAAUGUGUUUGAAAUUCGGUAUGUUAUUCACAGAUCAUCCCAGUUGAAGGUGAUUUUCAAGUGAAUGGUGAACCCCAGAAAUCAUUUGAAGAAAUUUUGCCAGAGAUUGUUAUUUCCAAGUAAGGUUCAAAACUCCUAUUUUAAAUUUAACACAUAAAGUACAAAUGAUUUGAACUCUUAUGAUAUGAAAACCUCCAUAAAUGAUUCGAUAAUAUUGUGAAUGCUGACACUGUCAAUAUUCAUUUUAACAGGGAGCUGAGUUUACUUGGAGAGUCUCUUGAGAAUGUAAGAAUUUCAAACAUUUUCCAUCAGAUAAUUAGUUUGUGUCAUUCUGUCAGUCAAUAAAUUAAAUAAAAUGCCUAAAAAGUUGUCAGUUCAUUAAUUUAUCGCUGUUUUGUUUUCAAAUGUUAAGGACAAUGGGACCACAACCUUCAUCACUGUCCACAGGUUGGUACUGCUCUUUACUUCUUAAUACCAUUUGAUACCUCUCUUUCUUGCCUGAGUAGCUGGCAUUUUGGGGGAUAUUUGAAAAAUGGAGCAGCAAUGCAGCAAAGGUACAGAACUCAAAGAAUUGGAAGCUUCACAGAUGGAGGCUUUGCCAGUCAUCAAAGACCCAAACAACUGCUUGCUACCAAGGAUAAUUCUUUGCUAUUCAAAACUGGCAAACAAAGCCUUGCUAAGGUGUCUAAUUUUAGACACUUGUGUCCAGUUUAAACACACACUUUGGACAUUAUUAAAAUUAUUAUUACACCAGUAUAUCCAAUUUUGGACACAAGUGUCUAGUUUUAGACACUCAUGUCUGAUUUUGGACACAAGUGUCUAGUUUUGGACACAAGUGUCUCAUAUGGGACUCGAGUGUCUGACUUUGGACACUAAUGUCUGAUUUUGGACCCCAGUGUCAUAUUUUGGCACCAGUGUCUAAAUCAGACACUAUUGUCUGAAAUUGGAGACUGAUGUCCAAACACGAUUUUUCAAGAACGCCUAUGAUAUUGAAUGUUUAAAAUGAUUAAAACCUGGAUUUUGAUGGCAUUCAAUUUUUUUUUACAUUCGUUAAUAACCAGACAAAAUGUUGGGCCAUCCACGGAAGUGACUGUCCAAAACUUACAUUUUGCUAAGCAUUGUCCAUUGUCCAGUCGCUAUUUCGUGCAGUGAUUAGACUCUUCAUUGUACACAUUUCUGACUGCUAAAUUUCACUUUUUUUAACAUUGAAUUCUAUUUAUUGUUAAGUGUGACGUGUAUUCAAGGUGGAUAUCCCAGCCAUUUGAUAUCGGAGUGGGACAAGUGGGAUACUAAACACACAUCAGAAAAUGAUAAGCCUGGUAGGAGAUACUCAAUAAACUGUAUUGACAUUUGGCUCUAUAUUUUGUGCGCAUACUUGUUGAGGCUCUGAAAAGGAUAAGCUGAUCCUUUGACCCCUAAAAGUGACUGGCAUCUAAUUUCUCCUUACAAUAUCUUUCCAGAAUCAAACAUUAAGGUUAAGGGAAUAAAGGAAACGAUCAACUACAGAAGAAGCUUUUAAUUGUUUAAAACAAUUCCUUAUCAGCACCUUAGGAAGCGUAAAUAGAACAGUAUUGUGAAUUAUGCAAACUGGUGUGAGAGUGUAACGCUUUAAUAGCGAUUUAAUUGCUCAAGUCUCCCUCAGGUUUCCCGCUUUUAGAUACAAUUUUACAUCAUUUCGCCCCUAAUCACACUCUGGCUAUUUGGGUAUUCAGGUUUAUCCGGGUUUAAAAUUAAAAAUAUUAACAGCUGUCACUUUUUUACUUUAAGAUAUUUCCUUAUUCUAUAACCUUCCUGUGAUGUGCUGUUCUGCUUUUGUUGAUACUGUAGAUAUCUUCCCGAGUGAUCAGUUCUUCAUCGUGUUCGAGUUUUCAAAUGGCGGCAAAGAUUUGGAGAGCUUUGAAUUCAACUCCUUGUCAGAGGCAUGGAGCGUACUGCAUCAGACGGCCCUUGGACUGGCGGUGGCUGAGAACGCGCUUGAAUUUGAGCACCGUGAUCUGCACUGGGGAAAUGUUUUAAUUUGUAAGACUGAGGACCAGCUUGUAGAGAGCACUUUGCAAGGAGAGAAAAAGCUGGUACCGAGUCAUGGUGUCCGAGUUAGUCUGAUCGACUUUACUCUCUCACGGCUGAAAAAAGGUACCCAAAUACAAAUACAAAGUGCAAGUUUCUAUAGAGUCGAAAGAAAUACGAUAUUACAUUGGUUUUGCUUUAAUUACCUCUGUUAUUGAUCAAGAGAACUCGGGCCACCCUCUCAACCAAUCAGAUGUAAAAUUAAAAAAGCGACGUGGUUGCGCACGUUUUCCGCCCUUGCUGGCUUGUUUUUAUUUGAGUUUACACUGGCUCUUUUUCCAGGAAAAUUUCGAAAAAAAAAUUCCAAGUUUUCUUUGAACCAGACCAUUUAAAAACGUCCUUUCCAUUAUUUACGUUCUCUUUGAUGCUUAAUCAUUUCUUUUGGAUUAAAAGUCCCUCUUUUUUUUUUUUUUUUUUUUUUUUUUUUUCUUUUUACUGCAGAUGGCGUGACGGUGUUUUGUAACAUGGCAGAGGAUGAAUCGUUGUUCACUGGCAGAGGAGACUAUCAAUUUGAUGUGUAUCGGCUCAUGAAGAAAGCAAACAAGUACGUACUGUUUAAUUGCGCGAGUAGCAUUAAGAAAAUUGUCGUGUUUACAACGUAAGUGCUUGUCUCAUCGGAAUUUACCUUCCAGAAAGUCUAACUGCUUAAGGGGAAGAAUCAAGUUUGUUUCAAUGGCUGUGAAUAUAUGAAAGUCAUAUAUUUGAACUGCGGAUAAAGACUUGAAUAUGAAAGCGAUCUUUGCAGUUAUGAACACUUCCUAAACAGUAGUGAAAAUAUAUGACUUUCAUAUAUUCACAGCCAUUUAUUCACCGCUUCACGAGUUUAUCUGGAACCAACACAGUAAUUAGUCCCCAGUUGGCUUGUUAGCUCAGUUGGUAGAGCACUGCACCGGUAUCGCAGAGGUCAUGGGUUCAAAUCCCGUACAGGCCUGAAUUUUUUCAGGCCUUCUUUCACUACUGCUUAAGUAGUGUUCAUAACUGCGGAGAUCGCUUUCAUUUUCACAAGUUUGUUUCCUCGCUCACCACGUUUUUGGAGAAUAAAAAAAAGAAUCGUAUUAGUAAGCCUGAAGGGAACCUUUUAGCGUUCUCUUUGCCCCUGUUAUUAGCGCUGCGGGACGCGACUUUAUCCACCCGAAGGAAUAUUUGAGACCAGUCGGGGACAGGUUUGCCGGAGGUCUGACUCUGCUAAAUCCCAUACAGACCUCUGGAAGAAACGUUCGUGCUGAAACGCCAAUGAAGAGGACCUGCUCGUGGCCUCGAGCUCUAGUGACUGACCAGAGUCUUAGAGUAAAUGGUUUGAACCAUGUUAUGUUUAUGUGGGUGCUUAAAGGAAAAAUAAGUUUUAUUGUCUUUCCUUUCUGUUUCAUAGGAACGACUGGGAGCCAUUUGAGCCUCACUCAAACGUGCUAUGGCUUCACUACCUUGCCGAUAAAAUGUUGAAGAAGAAGAAAUACCCGAGAAAAGAUAAAGAAACGGAGACACAGCUGAAGAUGUUCCUGAGACAAGCAAGAAAAUGCUCCUCUGCUACAGACAUUGUUCAUGAGCUUUUCGCUUAAAAUGGGAAAAUCAAAUUACAAUUUUUUUGGACCAAUCUGGCUUAGCAAAUAGUUUCUAUGAAACUUCAAAGAAGGGAUAGGUGUUUACUCGCUAUGAGUAGCAUGUAAAGUACAUGAGUUAGUAGAAGUGUAAAAUCAAAAUCAAUAUGUAAAUAGACGAUCUUUUGGAUUUUAGAAUAUAUAUCAUAGAGCUCAAAUUGUUAAUAAUCGAUAAUAUGUCGAUGCCACUUAUGUACGAUUUGUUCCCCACCCACCACACCACCCCUUUCAAACAAAUUGUAUCGUGGACAAUUCGGAAAAAGGGAAAUUGAUACAAAAUUGCCAAUUUGACCACGUUGUAAUAUUGAAACUUUUAUCAGCAAUAUCGCAUUUUAAGAGGUCUUAAUGCCUACUAGCUGGAUUUUCUUUAAAUUGUUAAUAGCAUAUUGUGUAAAUAGUAGCCGAU